AUGGAACAGAAAAUAAUAUUACUGAUUUUAUUCUCAAUAUUUAAAUUAGGAUAUUUAAUGGAACGUCCAUACUCAAUUGAUGCAAUAUUUGAUGAAAAAUCAUUCACAUUAGUAUUUCAAAGUCAUCGUUCAUAUCCCACCCGUUUAAUUAUGUAUCAAAACGAAACAACACCAAGAUAUGAAAUGGCACCAAAUUAUUUUGAUUGUAGUCUUGUUAUUGAUGGUAAUAGGAGAUAUUGUACAUUCCAUUCAGAUGAGCCAUUAUCAAGAUUAUGGGGUAGUGUUCACAGUAAGAUAUGUGUAAGAGAAGUAUCAAGUCCAAUUGAAGAGUGUCCAUUUAGUAUUUCAGAAUUUUAUAGAUUUCCAAAACCAACUAAUUUGAAAUAUAAUAAAAAACCUAAAACAUCUGGAGGUGAUAUAGUAAUUACUGGCAAUUAUUUAAGAAUAAGGGGUGGUCCAAAUUUGCUUCAAAAUACAAAUAAUCCUUUUGUUAUUAAAGGUAAUUUCUCUGAUCCAUCUUUUGACUGUAAUAAUAUUACUGUAACAAUUCCACCAGGCUCUGGAAAUUUUGCAUUUUCAUUUGAUGAAGAUAGUUGGAGUAGUCGUUUUCCAUUUUCAUACGAAUCACCUAAAAUAUCAAGUACUGUUUCAGACUCAUUGAAACACAUAUUAACAAUUAAUGGUGAUAACUUCUUUACAGAUAAAAAAUUGGUUGAAGUUUCUAUUAAUGGUGUUAAUCAACCCAAUUUUAAUAUUUCAGUAAAUCAUACACAAAUUCAAGUGAAUAACUUUAGUAUGCCUGAUCCCGGUCCAAUGUCUGUUUAUAUUAUGGUAAAUGAAGUCUCAAUGGAAAGGAAUUUUAUUCAUUGUUUCCCAGCAAUAAUAACAUCAAUAUCAUCAGUAUCAAAUUAUUUAGGUGGUAUAGUAACAAUUAAUGGUGAAAAAUUAUCAUCAACUUUAAAUUCAUCAUUUAUCCCAUCAAUUACAAUUGGUAAUAAACAAUGUACACUUAUUAAAUCAACUACAACUGAAUUAGAAUGUAAAUUAGAUCCAAAUGAAUAUGGUGGUACACAUUUAAAAGUUGACGUUAAUUUCAGUGGUUGUAAUUCAACAAGUCCUAAUGGUGUAUCAUUUUCAUAUAAUGCUCCAACUUUAUCAAGUGGAUCAUAUUCAAAUGGUAUUGUUACAUUAAUUGGUACACGUUUUGGUAAAAAUAGAGAAUCGUUCAUUCAAUUACAUAGUAAUGGAAUUAAUGGUUAUAUAAACAUAGACCAAUUUAAAAUAUUGCCUGAUGAAAAGAGUUUAACUUUUAAAUUACCUCUUUUAAGAUGUAGUACAUUUAAUAUUAAUUUCAUUCGUUCUAAUAUGACCUCAAAUACAAUUUCAAUUUCAGCAUCACUAUUAAUAAAUGUAAUCAAUAGACCAAAUCUUUCAAAUGGAUCAUUAAAUAUUGAAUUAUAUUAUAUGGAUUGUCCAAUUAGUUCAUCAUCACAACCAAGUAUUACAGUUGGUAAUUCAUCAGCCACACAAUGUUCAACACCAUCAUUACAAUAUUCAAAUUCUAGUUUCUAUGUAACAACAUGUUCAACACCAUAUGGUACAGGUAUCAAUAAACAAUUCAUAUUCCAAUUAAACUCAGAGACAGUUAGUGAUGAAUACUCAUAUGCUCCACCAAAUAUUGAGAAUCGUAAAUUUUCUAAAGGUCAAUAUAAUAUUACAUUUUAUGGAAAUAAUUUCGGUAACUCAAUAUCAUAUAUUAAAGUUUAUUUCAAUGGUAAUGAUAUUUCAUCAGAAAUUCUAACAUUAACAAAUAAUCAAUUAACUAUUAAAACAUUGAACUCCUAUGAAAAUGGUCCAAUUAAUAUUACAGUAAAUGGAAAUAAUAUGGAAUCAUUAUUUAAUUUAAAAUUUCCACCUGUUAUUUAUGGUAUAAUAAAUAAAGAUAAUAAAACAAUUGCUUGUGGAGGUUUUAUCACAGUUUCUGGUAAGAAUUUAUUGUCAAAUGGAGAUGAAUUCAAAGUUAAAGUAUUAGCAAAUAAUAAAAACACUACAAUAAUUGUUCAAAAUGAAAAUAUGUUAAUAGUUAGAGCUGAAAGUAAAGAGAGUCCACUCUUUGUUUCAAUAUUAAUCGGUGAUGAUUUGGGACCAAAUGCAAUAUUAACAUAUUUAGAACCAAAGAUUACAGUUAUUUCAACCAUUAAAAAUAAAAAAGAUGGUAUUUCAAUAACUAUUGGUGGUGUUUGCUUUUCAGGUUUUAUUAAUGCAAGCUUGGCAGUUUCAUCAGAAAAUGUUUCUCUUUCAUGUAAUUUACAAUAUAGCAUAUCACCAAAAUUAAGUUCAAACGAAACCGAUUUUACAAACAGUUCCGAUUUUAUAUUAUGCCAUUCCAAUUCAUUUGUUAAUGAAACAUCAGGAGUAUUAUAUCUCCAAUUAAGCUCUACACCAUUUCAUUAUGAUGUUAAAAUUGAAGAAACUCAAACAUCAAUAUCUCCAUCCCCAUCACCAUCAAUCGGUAAAACAUCCAAACUAUCAGGUGGGCAAUUGCAAGUAUUACAAUUAGUUGUGUUGCUGCUGUUGGUUCUCUCGUCGGUUAUGUAA